UAUCUUGUUGACGAAUCCUCAAAGCAACCAUAACUACCGUACAUAACUGGUAUAUAAUAAAGAGGGAGCUUGGAACAUCACUCACACAGCAGCAGCUGCCAACACCACACAGUAUACUCCUAACAGGAAGCAGAGGUUGUGAUGGCUGGCUGUCUGAGGUGGUUGACAGGAGCUGUGCUGCUGAUAGCUCUCUGUUACACCACUACUCCUACUGAGUCUCGUAUCAGUGUGGAAGAGUCUGAGGAGAGCUUAGAGAGCAGUUACCUGUCACCUGAGAAUGAUUUCCUAGGCAGAGACGACGACACCAGUUCAACGGAGGGAGAUGACUAUGAGAGUGAGGAGGACACCAGACCAUCAGAUGUGUUCGGUCCCGGACCUUUGAGUGAGAUCAGGACCAGACGCGGUGCUGGCGCCCGCCGCAGGUCAGGUCGCAUCAAAAUUCAACAGGAGAGGCGUAGAAACAGAUGGAGUUCUUAGAAGACUGUUGGUGUAACUGACAACUCAAAUACUAACGUCAACGAUUCUUCACUACCCUCAGGACGGUGAAGGAUUCUUGAUCCAAGGAACUGGAGUAACCCUUCCUUGGAUUAAGCCUGAUUACUUCUCACUCCCCCGGGUGCUGUUUGAUCACUGUGGGAUUACCAUCUCACACAAGAUUAUAUUUAUAAUCUAGACGAUAUCAUCACAAUUUCUGUAUUAUGAACCCAGGAAGAACUUUGCUUUAUGUAUCUAAUUUUAUUUUAUAUAAUAAAGUUGAACUGCACUGAAA